AUGUGCUUCAUCCAUCUGCAAGAGUCCCUGGAGCUUCACCUCGCUCGACAGACUCCUGCCACAUCCUUCGGCAGUACGGUCCCGGCGGUUGACGAUGAACUCCGUAUGGAUGCCGUCGCCCCCAAGCGUAAGGCUUCGCAAGACCUUGAGCGUGGGCCCGCCAAAAGGCCGAAGGUGUCUAGCGAAGACGAGGAAGACAAUCUCACUUCUCCCGCCACAUGCACGGUAUCAACUGAUGCCUCGGCGCUACGAGAGGUGGCCGCGAAGCAGGCAGCCAGAGUACAGAGGCUAGAGACAGAACUGGACGAGUCCGAAUACCACCAGCACGAGUUGACUGCAAGGUUGUACCAAUGGGACGACAAGAUAUCACGUCUCGAGCUACUUGAUCUCCAGCGCGAUGAGGCACAGCAUAGAGAACUCUCUUCCGCUGUCAAGAAGCUCGAAAACAUAAACAAAGAGAAGUGGACAUCAAGGCUUCACGCACAGAAAGUGGUCUACGAGGGACGACUCGCAGAUGCUCAAGCCCAAUUUAAGGUCAAAAUCGCCGCGAAGCAUCAGUCUUAUCAGGACAAGGUGGACGAGUUGAAGGAUCAGCAUGAAGAGGCGAUUCAGGCGAAGCAGGAAGCACAUCAGAAGAGGAUUGAGGAAUUCAAGUCCAAGCAGGCUGAAGCUCUGACCGCUGAAAAGGUGGCCUUCGAGAAGAAGAUGGGCUGGAACAGAGAGAAGAGCCAGAAGGUCGCCGCUGACGCUAAGAAGUUUGCAGCAGGAAAAGCAGCAGAAAGUAAAGCGAUCAAGGAGGAGUACGCCACUUUGACAAGAGCUGCGAAGGCCGAACUGAAGGAAGCGCUUGCAAAAGCGAAGCCAGAGCAGUCUGAUACGGUUAAAGAGAAGAAUGCCAUGAUCAAGAAACAAUCGUCCGAGCUUCAUCAGCUGCAAUCAAACUUGGACGCGUCCCAAAAGCAUUCGAAGACCCGCGAAGAUACCAUCAAGUCUCUUGAGAGCGACAAGAAGGCCCUGGAGGCAACCAUCGAGCAGAACUCGAUGGAGGUCGCUGCGCUCCAAGCGGACGUCACUGCGAAGGGUAUCGAGCUCGACAGUGCUACCAGUAUACAUGAUUACGAGAAGGAUAACCUGCUGGACCGCGUGGAAAGGGAGGAGAAACGCUGGCAAGUGCAGUAUAAUGCUGCUCAGAACACUGCCGCUUUACUAAAGGACCAGCAACGUGCGAAUUUUGAAUUGAGGAACAUGGCCAGCCGUCGCGACCAGCGGAUUGGAGCCUUGACUGCGGAUCUUGAGAGCGUCAGAGCUGAAUUGGAGUUAUCAAAGGGUGGCGCGGGUGCUGAAAUGCUGACGGACGUUGGAGUUGGUGGUGAGUCUGAUGAAGUUGAGGCUGCAGGGACUGUGGGUGGCGAGGUCGUUGAUGCUGUUGGUGGCCCGACUGGUCAUGGGGACGAGCUGGAGCAACAGCCGUGA